AACAUAACCUCGAACUUCGCGAAAACAAAGCGUCGAGUCGCGCACAAGUCCAUUUUUCUCCACUACACCAUUUCGCAAAUAAAGUUUCUUCGAUCAGAUAAAUUGAGGAGGAAUAUAAAAGAGGCGAUUGUGGUUUUACUCACACGUGCUGGCAUUUUAAAUCACAUCACACGAACGCGAAAGACGAAUCGAUCAAAAAAUUCGAGACUGUUUUUUUUAGGUUAUCUACGUCUUAAUUAAUGGCGCGAUGGCUCGGGAAAUUCAAAAUGUGGAAAUUGCGAAGUUUUGUAAAUUCGAGGUUUUUCUCUAUUUUGCUGUCUGGAGUGGGUCUAUUUUUUACUCCAUAUAUCAGGUUCAUUUGACGGAGUUCUAUUUUGUUGAUUAUCCUGAUACUUAUGAAGAUUUUCGACCGGGUUGGUCAUGGAUUGGGCGAAAAAUGGACAUUUCGGACAGAGAAUGGAGAUCGUGGAUUCCUUUCAUGUACCAAUUAACGCCUUGGAUAAUUGUUCAUCUCAUUAUAAGCAGAAUAAUCAAAGGGAUAUUCCUUAACGAUCCUCUGAUUCUCUCUUGCUGGUUCAUUUGUUCAUCGUUAAUCUUUGUGUGGAACUAUCUAGGAUUUUUGGGAGUGCUUCUCUUAUUAAUUCAGCCCUGCAUUGCCAGACUGUUGAUAUCACUUGGGAGUGAAAUUCUCUCCUGGAUUGUCCACUUGAUGAUCCUCUCAAUAAUCUACUACGAGAAAACUUACGGAUUUAUUUUCGAAAGUUGGCUCGGAGUCGAGGAGGAAAAAUAUUACAUGUUGACAAUUGCCCUUUGUUGGAUUCAAUUGAGAAGUAUUAGUUGCAGUGUCGAUUGCAUUGUAAAUGAUAAGGAGCCAAACACUCUUUUUGGAUUUGCUAAAAGCUUUUUACAAUCUACAGCCUAUUGUUUGUAUUUGCCAACUUUAUUUCUGGGACCGAUUAUUCUCUACGAGGAUUUUCUUCACGGAAUUAAAAAAACUCCGGAGCCAUGGAAUUUAAGAAGACUCGUCUAUUUUUUCCUCAAUUUAACACGAUACAUUUUUUGGCUCUACUUCACGGAAUUUGGGAUGCAUUUUCUCUAUUUUAAUGCCCUACAAUUUUUUCCGGAUGUUGUAGAAAAAUUAAACCCAUGGGCCUUUUUUGGAAUGGGUUAUUGCAUGGGCCAAUAUUUUUUAAACAAAUAUGUUGUUGUUUAUGGAAUAUGGAGUCUUGUCACGAAAUUAGAUGACAUCGAAGCUCCUCCUCAUCCAAAAUGUAUCGCCAGAAUUCAUCUCUAUUCUGAUAUGUGGAAACAUUUUGACCGAGGAUUGUACAAAUUUCUACUUCGAUAUAUUUACAUCCCUACUUCAGGAUCAAAAUCCGGAGCAAGAAAAUUAUUCUCAUCCUUUCUCUGCUUUUCAUUCGUCUUUCUCUGGCACGGGAUGGAAUUGUUUAUUUUUAUUUGGUCCUUUCUCAACUUUUUCGGCCUGGCUGUUGAGUAUUUCGCAUCAGCGAUAGGAAAAUCAAGAAAAUAUUUAUCAAUUACUGAAAAAUACUUGAGUGGAAGAAAUAUCAGGAGACUUAAUUGCAUUUUUGCGAGUCCUUUGCUUGCAAUGUCGGCAAUUUCGAAUUUUUAUUUCUUCGCUGGAGCGGAUGUUGGUCAUAUUUAUAUCCGCAGAGUUUUGUUCCUGGAUUCUUGGUUUACGAUUUUUUUGCUGCUCUUUUGUCUCUAUUGCUGCUGCCAAGUUUCGCUGGAAAUGAAGCAGUUUGAAAAAGUGAAGGAGAAUCGAUGCAAGAGUAUUUGAAUGUUGGAGACAUUCAGUUUUAGAGUAUUUUUUUCAACGGAGGAUUUGAUUUUAUAAUUUUAGAAUCACUUUUUUUAUAUUCUGAGAUCAAUGUUUCA